GUACAAAAACAGAAAACAUAUUUUUCAUGCAACCAGUUUUUCCCCAACACAAAAGGCAUAUAUAAAAUAAUAUAAGUACGGUGUUAGUGACCAAUUAUUGGAGCCACUGUUUCUCUUUCUCCGUUUCUCUCUUUCCGUCAAGAUGAACAUCUCUAUGGAGCUUUUGCGGGACUUCAGUUCCAUUGGUGCUGGCGCUAGCAGAGCAUUCUCUUACCCUUUUACAAGAAAGACCAAACAAAGACAACUUUCCUUUGCCUACCUUAUCAGAACUUCCUAUAGCUUUAAGAGUUGUUCUGCAACUCUAUCAUUGACAGCAGAGGUGGAAGAGAAGCCAAAGUUUGAUGUAGACAAUGCAGCUUUGCUUGCAGGGGAGCUCAGAAAGAGCUUUAAUUCUGGCAGGACAACAAACUAUGAAUGGAGAAUGUCACAGUUGAAGAGUAUUGAGAAGAUGCUUGAAGAAAAGGAGAAUGACAUUACUGAAGCUCUUUAUAAGGAUCUCUCGAAGCCUGGACUUGAAGCCUUUGUUGCCGAGAUUUCUCAGGUAAAAUCCUCAUGUAAGUUGGCGCUAAAAGAGUUGAGUCGUUGGAUGAUUCCUGAAAAGGUCAAAACUUCGCUUACAACAUAUCCGUCAUCUGCAGAAAUUGUGUCAGAACCCUUAGGAGUUGUGCUGGUCAUCUCAACAUGGAACUUUCCUUUCUUGCUAUCACUUGAUCCAGUCAUUGGAGCUAUUUCAGCUGGUAAUGCUGUAGUCCUAAAGCCAUCAGAAAUUUCUCCAGCUACAUCAUUGUUGCUAUCCAAUUUAGUUGAGGAAUAUCUAGACAAAUCUGCAAUAAGAGUUGUUGAAGGAUCCGUCGAUGAAACCACUGCAUUACUUGAGCAGAAAUGGGAUAAGAUACUCUACACAGGUAGUGCAAAAGUAGGGCGCAUAGUGAUGGCUGCUGCCGCAAAGCACCUUACACCAGUAACUCUAGAACUUGGAGGAAAGUGCCCAGCUGUUGUUGAUUCAAACAUCAACUUACAAGUUGCUGUUAGGAGGAUAAUUUACGGAAAGUGGGCAUGCAAUAAUGGGCAAGCUUGUAUCGGUGUUGAUUAUAUAAUCACAACAAAAGACUUCGCUCCAAAGUUGAUAGACGCCUUAAGAUAUGAAUUGGAGCAAUUUUUUGGGAAAGAUCCAAUGGAAUCAAAAGACAUGUCCCGCAUUGUAAGCUCAUCCCACUUUGCUCGUUUGGCAAUGCUCAUGGAUGAUGAUUUGGUAUCUGACAAAAUUGUUCUUGGAGGCCAAAGGGAUGCGAAUCAGUUAAAGAUAGCUCCAACCAUCUUGUUGGAUGUUCCGGAGGAUGCACAGAUAAUGCAGGAGGAGAUAUUUGGGCCUUUAAUGCCCAUUCUCACUGUUGAGAAAUUGGAAGACAGCUUUAAGAUUAUACAAUCAAAACCUAAGCCCCUAGCCGCAUAUCUCUUCACUAAUGAUGAGCAGCUAAAGAAGAAUUUUGUGCAAAACAUAUCUUCAGGAGGAAUGCUUAUCAAUGAUACCAUCAUACAUGUUGCGACAGAUGGUUUACCUUUUGGUGGAGUUGGAGAGAGUGGAAUGGGUUCAUAUCAUGGGAAAUUCUCAUUUGAUGCUUUUAGCCAUAAGAAGGCAGUGCUGUACAGAAGUUUUGAUGCAGAUGCAUCUAUAAGGUAUCCACCAUACACGACUCAAAAGCAAAGACUAUUGAAGGCCGUGAUCAAUGGUGACAUAGUUUCCAUUAUACUUGCUUUGAUUGGAUGGUGAAAAGAUAGAAAAGAUAGAGAUGAUUCACAUUGAACAUCCGUUUUCUUCUGUUUUAUUUCUUAUCAAGAUUUAUUUCCAAUAAUUGAUGUCCAGAGAUAUUCUACUUAACGGUAAUGAGUGCUGCAAUAGCAUUAAUGAA